AUGUCAAAUAGAGUCUUAACAAUAAAAGCAUUAUUUUCAGAUAAUUCAUUACAAAAGGAAAAGCGGAAAAAAGAGAGAUAUGAAAAAGCAAUAAAAGAGCUAGAAGCAAAUAAGAAGCUAUUAGAAGAAAAGGAGCAAAUAAGGAGAGAAAAAUGAGAAAGAUUUCGUGCAAAGGAAGCUAUGAAAAAACAAAUCAGAGAAUACCUCAGAAUGCAUAAUGAAAAGAAUGCUAAAUUGCAUAAUUAUGCAAAAACCAUUCAAAAUUGAUAUAGGAAUGUGAAGAUUAGCCAAAAGCAUGAAGAAGUCAAGCUAGAAAAUCUUAGAUUUUCUGUAUGUGAAAAUAUUGAAAAUCUUCAAUCUACCUCUAAAUACAUUUUUUGAAAUUUUGGCCCUGGGCUUGAAAAAAGUGUAAUAAAAAUCCAGCAAGCUUAUAAAAGGCAUAAACUUAUAAGAAAAAUAAAUGAAACAGUUAAAGCGCUGAAUUUAAUAAAAAAACGUAAAAAGAAGGACGCGAAGAAAAUUAUUCAAAAAGGGAUAGUGGUGCUGGCCAACAGAAUUAAGGUAAAAAAUGAAAAAUGACGUAUUUUUAAAGAAAAAGAGCUGAAGAGAAUUCAAAGAAAUUUAGCCUUGCUCAAAAUCAGCCAAUAUUGGAAAAAAUUAAAUUUGUCAGGAAAAAUCAUUGUAAGAAGGUAUCAAAAAUAUUAUAGAAAACUAUUCGCACAAGGCACAAUUCAAAGAUUGGCUGGCAGAUAUGUGAUAGGAGUUCCAGAAACUACUACAAAUCAAAGAAGAAACUCUUCAUGCUCAAUAGCUUCAUCACAUUCCACCCCAUUUAGACAUUUGACUCAUACUCCUGCUAGUUCUGGCCAUGAGCCCGAGCCGAUUCAAAAUAAUCUUAUGGAUGAUAUUUUGGCUCAAAAUAUGAUAAUUGCUGAAAGAAGGAAAAGAAUAAGGAAAGGAAAAAUUUCUUAUGCCAUCAAACCGUUAAGACUUAAACCGAUUGAGCCUGUUCUUAUGACUGAUGAAGAAGAUGAUGAUAUAUUUACUAAAUCAUUUGAAAUAUCAAAAAAUCAAAUAAAGCCUGUAGAUGCAUCUUCUAGAACCUCCAGAAACCAAACAUUAAAUAUCAGUUUUACCAAUUUAAGCGGCAUAAGCACCCAAAAUUCUAUUGUUUUUAAUAAAAGCAGGGAAAGCACUGCGGAAGGCCGUAAAAGGAUAUUAAAAGAUCAUAUUUUGUUGAAGCCCAGCAUAAAUCAAAGAUUUUUAAAAAAGUUAGCUUAA